AUGCCGAAUGAUUCCUUGGACAUCAUUACCGAUUCAGCAUUUGACGAUGUGCUUCCAAGUUUCCUCCUAUCUCAAUUCUAUGAUAACAACAAUGACUCUUGUGGCAUUCAAAAAACUGCGCACUCCUUUUACCAUGACAAAAACUCCAAUGCCCUACUAGAAGAAAUAAUAUCCAAAACUGUUACUCCUACUACCAUAAUUAAUAAAAAGGUCAAUUUUGGCGGUAAUCAAAUCAAAUUGUUUGAUGAAGAUUCGGUCAUUGAUCCAAAUUUAAACAUAAGACCAGUGAAUAUUCACAAAAAGCCAAUUUUGGCCAAGACAAUUGUUUCACAGAUUGACGAAAAUACUAGUAUCAAAGAUUGGGAAGAAAAUAUCCCCAUAAACAAUACAGUUUUGCUAGAUACCAUAGUGAGGUGUUUUAAUCUCUGUGGACUUUCCCAAGAGGAUCUAGAUGCCACAGACCUAGUUAUGACAUUACAACGAUUGAGCUUUGGAAUCACCUCUGCAUUCAAAACCCAGGAACUUUGUUAUAAAUACAUGGGCCAACGUCAAAAGGAAAAACUCAUUGACGAUUUAUCUUAUUCACAAAAAGAGGUCGAGAAUAAAGAUAAGGAAAUCAAAAGACUGGAAAAUUUGUUACAGGAUCUCAAUGUCACACCUCAACACCAAGAUCAAAUUAAUGCAGAAUUAGUCGAUUUACAGGAAAACCAACGGGCUUUACAGGAACAAUUGAAGGCAAGCUUACAAUUGGCAGAGAAUUCCAAAUCAGAAAAGGCUGCGACGUUGACAAUUUUAGAACAGCAUAAACAGAAAAUAAAGCAACUUACACAUAGUCUGGAAGAGCUAAAUUUGGAUAUGGAUCAGUUAAAGACUCGAUACACUCGUUUACAACAGGAUUACAAUGAUGCCUGGAAACAGAGACAAACGUACUUUGACAAUGUCAAACAACAAGAGAAAGAGUUGGAACAAUUGAAGAAGAUGCUAAUUCAGGAAAGGGACCAUGCUCAAAAAUCAUUGGUUGAAAGUGAGCACAGAUACAAAGGUUUAUUAUCUAAUGAACAAAUUAAAACCGAACAAUGGAAAACAAAAUGCGAAAGUCACUUUUUGGAGUCGGAAAAAAUGAAUGCAACCAUACAAAGAUUAAGCUCGAAAUUGGAAGAGGCCAAAAAUACGGCAACCACUUAUAAACAUGAAAAGGAAACUUUGCGAACAAAGGCUACCGUUGCAAUUGAAAAACUGCGUCUAUUUGCCAAUGUGAAAAUGCAAACAGACGAAAAAAUUCUCAAUUUGAAGGAAACUAAUAAGCAGCUAAAACGUUGGAAUCAUGAUCUCGUGAGAGUAGAUGUCAUCAUGCGGCGGAAGCUCAAUGAGACCAUAAACCACUGUCAAAUGAAAGAAAAAGAAAACAAUGUCCUCCAGCACACGAUACAAGACUCAAAAGCUCGACUGAAGGAAACAAGACUGGUCCUGUCCUCUCCAACAAAGGUUCGAAACUGCAUACCUUCAAAACCACUUGACUUAAAUUGA